AUGGCUGAGGUACUAUCUUCCGAGCAACCACGCCCACCACCUUCCCCUCCCACCAUAUUAAAGCACAGCUUGAACCAGUACGCCGUCCACCAAACCCUAGCCAGUGCGGCCAACCUCACUAACCUUCUACCUACCAGCACAGUCCUCGCAUUUCACACCCUCAUCCCUACUUUGUCCAACAAUGGUUCUUGCCAACUUUUCAAUAAGUACCUGACAACAUGUGUCAUUACAUUUUGUGCUCUCCUUUGUUUCUUAUCUUCGUUUACUGAUAGCUUCAUGGACAACGACCGAAAACUCUACUAUGGAAUCGCCACGUUCAAAGGCAUGUACAUUUUCAACUGCAGUAACGCCGAGGACAUGGAUAGGGACUUGAAGAAUUAUAAAAUAAAGUUUAUAGAUUUUGUUCACGCCUUUAUGUCACUAUUUGUGUUCUUGGUCUUUGCUCUUUGCAACUUCAAUGUGCAAAGUUGCUUCUUUUCUGAAGCGGGAAUAAGUGAACUAACAAUGAAUUUGCCUCUCGGAGCUGGGAUUUUGUCGAGCUUCUUGUUCACAAUCUUUCCGACUACUCGUAGAGGGAUCGGAUACGCAGACAUGAUGCCUCGGGCAUUAUAG